UUGUGAUCCUCCCCUCCUUGGUGUACAUGUAAUAGGAAACUUCACAUCUCCAGGACAACCAACAACAAAAAGAGAGGGAGAGGGAGAGAGAGAGAGAAAGCACAGGCACAGACAGCAGCUGGCUGUCAGCAGCAGAGGCCAGAGGAGCUGAGAGCAGAGACAGGAAACAGAGAGGGCAAAAAAAUGGGAGGAGAGAGCUGAUAUGAAAUGACAACAGAAAGAAAGACAACACGGAGGACAAAGACGGCUUCUCCUGCAACACUACUAGCCGUGUGUUCCAGUGUUACAAAACGUGGGUUGAGCAAGGCAGGAUGUCUUUCAAGGACUUUCAGAACGAACUCUAUACUAUUGGUAAUAAGCUAUGGCUCAAGCUCCAAAGACUACCCACGGCUGAACCUGUGGAGAUUCUGUUCUUUUUUGUCAUUAUCUUGUUCAUUGCCACAAUACUUCUAAUGAUGAUCAUAGCUGGCAGCUUUUGCUGUGUCCGCUGCUGCAAUAGAAGCCCUGUUCAAAAGGGUAGGAGGAUCCAAGUUCAGCCAGCAGCCCGUGCAUAAGAAUGCAUUAAGACAAGGGUGUGGAGGUUCCAAGGAACAAAUAUGUGGAGACUGCUGUCAGCUGGCACAAGAAUAGCCUUGCAUAAGAUGAGAACACUGAGCAAGAGUAAAGAGAAAGAGACCUUACCCUGACUAGGGUUUUGUGCCAUGGUCACUGUAUGACACUGAUGAAGUCACAGAGUUCAGAGUAUUUCUCUCUCUGCCCUUUGGCAGAUAGUAAACUAUCAAGACAGUGAUAAACAUGCCACAGCUGGCCAAUGUGUUAAUCAAAAAAUGUGUGCAAUAAUGCCAUAAGCAAGUUAGCCAGGAUUAAGGAAGGUUAUACUUCUCUACACGGGAGGCUCAGUACAAGGAUUUUCCACUGAAAUUCAAGCUACGUGCAAAAGCUCAAGCAGCACAAACUACAACCUAAGCACAGUUUCCUCCUUGCUGUCCAAUCAUCUACAGCCAACAAUACCAGUGCAUGUGAUGUCUAACCAAGUCAUCCAUUCUGGGGAAAACAUUAUGCAACCUUUCGGCUGACACAUGAGCUCAGAGAUGGCGAAAAAGGAACAGCAACAAAUCCCCCAUCCCUCCCUGCCUCCAUGAAGGAAGGAAAACUGCCAACUGCCAACUUGCAAUAGCCAUUACCUGUGCAAGGAUGAAGGCGAAAGGUUGCCCAGCCCUCACAACACUAUGCUAUUUUCUUUGCCUGCCUUAAAGUUUCCUCUUUCAAAAAAUAAAAAUACAUGUUUUGGCGUUUUCUUUUUCGUUC